AUGUCCUUGCGGUGCCUGGUCAUUGGCAGUGCGAUCGUCUUCUUCGCCUCCGUGAUCCAUGCAGAACGGUCCAAAAUCGAACACCAGGCACUGGAAACAGACCCUGGCAGCCACGGUCAUGAGCAUUGCAAGCAGUGGUCCGCUUUGAAAGCAGUCUUGCAAAGCCUGGGCAUUGAUGGGGUCGAUGAUUUGAAACGGUGGCAGAUCAUUUGGAGCAAGUGCGAGGUCGAACAAAUUAACCUCCCUGGCCACGAGAAGGUGCACGGCGCCUUAGACGAGCGCCUUGGAGAGCUCACCUCCUUGCAGAUCCUCGACCUGCGUGACACUGAAGGCCUCGCAGGUUCCUUGUCGCACCUCCAAGGCCUGACGAACUUGAUUGCCCUCUACUUGAGCGGAAGCCACGUGGCGGGCGACCUCUCCAGCCUUCGCAACCUGACCGAGCUGAACACCCUCGUGCUGGACGGCACCAACAUCACAGGUGACCUCUCCAGCCUUCGGAACCGGACAAAGCUGAGAUGGCUCCAGCUCGACGGCACCAAGGUCACAGGUGAUUUGUCGAGUCUCCGCGCUUCCACGGGUCUAUUCAGACUUGGCCUCAGCAAUACUCAAGUCGUCGGUGACCUUAGCGAUCUUCACCUCGACCUGGAGUUUCUUGACCUCAGCCACACCGCAGUUGCCGGGAAGAUCUCUGGUCUGCAGAAGCUUACUAAGAUGUCGCAUCUUGCCUUGAGCGACAGCGACGUUUCCGGCGACAUCUCCAGUCUCAAAGCACUCUCCAGCUUGAAGCAGAUUGACCUGAGCCACACAAUCGUGGCUGGAGACAUGGCGGUGCUUUUGCACUGGAAGCAGAUCACGAGCGUGAAACUUGAGCAUGCCAAGGUUUCAGGACGGCUCAACACCUCCUGGCUAGGGAAAGCACAAAUGCUAAGGACAUUGAAGCUUUCAUACAGUGAAGUAUCAUUCCUUCCGGCAGCUGGAGAUAAGGGUGAUCUUGAAAAAUUGUUAUUACUCAAUUCUCUUGAAGAGGAUGUCACAUGGUUGCCACAGCUGAACAUGUUGGAGCUGAGCGGAUGUCCACUUCAGGGUGACGUCAUGGACCUACUGUGGUUGCUUCGCAAGUGCCCGAAUAUCGCUAGCAUCAAGGCCACCAAUUCCCGUUUGACUGGGUCGUUGCGGUCUUUGCGGGGUCAGCGUUUGGCUCGUAGCCUUCAAACCCUGGACCUGGCAGCCAACAAUGUGUCCGAGAUCGAUGACCUGCCGGAGAACCUGCAGGUGUUGAUCUUGACCGGGAACCCCAUGGUGCGCUUCGCAGAUGGUGUGCUACGGAGAGCUGUGAAAGCUGGCACCUUCCUAGACCUGCAGAAUGUUGAGCUAUCCAACAAGGCAGAAGCUCGAGAACUGGUGCUGGAGGGCUUAUUGAAUAAGACACCUCACAAUUCCUCUGACACCGCAGGUGGAUACUCUUGCUACUCCAUUGAAUCCACAAGUCUGCAGGUGACACCUGCGCUGUUUCUUCCAGACGAGCUUUGCAGCUGCUCGCCCGGAUUUGCUGGAAGGGGAGUAGGUUGCACAACAUGUCCAAGCGACACAUACGCAGAAGCCUACGGCACUAGAAGGUGCACACCCUGCCCCAAGGGCAGCACAGCUGACGAAAGCAAGACAAGUUGUCGUUGCCUCUCCGGAGGGACCUUCCACUCACAUAGUUCUCCUGCAUGUCAAUGCUCCUCAGGGCAUGCGUCGAAUGUCAGCGCUUUGGAUGAAGGAAGCGAGAAAGAGGUGUGUGUCCCUUGCCACACCAACCACCUGGUUUGCUCCGAGUACGGGAUGCACCUGAUCUCUGCUCCGCCCGAAGUGGGCUUCGCUCGGCUCACGUCCAACGACACGGUGGCCGUGGCAUGCCUGCCACCGAAAGACAUCAGAUGCAACAGCUCGCAGGGCAAUGGCCUGGUUGAUUCAGAAUGUGGAGCUGGCUAUCGUGGGAUCCUUUGCUCAGAUUGUCAGGACAGCCACUACUUCUCCAAUAAGCUUUGUGAACCCUGCCCAGAUGAAGAUCAGAGUUUGCACAGUUGGCAAGUAGCUGCAUUGGCAGCUGGAGUUGCAGUGAUUGGCCUGGUUUUGGCCUGCUUGCGGAUGCGCUGGACAUCAGCAGAUGCAGAGGCUCCCUUUUCAGCCAUGGAUGCCUUGAAGGAACAGCUGAAGCAACAAGCCCCGGUCCUUCUGCAAACAUGUCAGCUCUGGGCCGUCCUGGCCCUGCUGAUGCAAGGCGAACGGCAGCCAGAGGGAACAGCAGAUUCCUCCUGGGAAGUGCCAUUUGUGGAGGCAUCCCAGCUCUCAGUUGCGAGUCUCAAAGGAGCUUUGAACCUUCAAUGCAAAUUCCAUGGUGCCACAGUUCGAUGGGCUUCUGCAGUGGUGGCACCAGUGGCUCCAAUGGUGAUGUUGCUUUUCUGCGUGGCCAUGGAAUUCAUCAACCAUGGAUUUGGCAUUGCCGCAGCACUCAAGGCCUCACCGUGUGGGGAAGAUGAUCGACGAUCGUCUUCACACGGAAAGCAAUUUGAGGGAUCAUCAGGCGCUCACGCUGUUUUACGUGGGCGGCGCAUCCGGCGCUUCAAGGCUCUUGACCUGCCAGAGAGUGGGCGGCGAUCAAACCAACCUUCCGGAAACGUUGAUGUUUCGAAAAUGGCUCCCGCAUUUGCGGUGCUACGACUCCUCUUUGGACUACUUGGACGCGAUUGGUUAUGCGAGUUCCUUCUUCUACGGUGUUGGUGUACCCUGCGCCUUGGCUUACUUGUACACAAGGCAGCAUUUGGCCCUUCUACCAGGCAAGACCAUGGUGGCUUCAGCAUCGGAGGACGAGAAUCUGGAGCUGCGAUUGAGCAUGGUGAAGGUCUCUUCGCAGGAGAAAGUGCAGUCAACGUUGCCAGGUGUCUGCUCGCGGCGUCAGCAUCCCACAUUGCCAUACGGAUGAAAGGGCAUCGAGUCCGUGUGGUAUUGAAGGAUGGGAUGGUGAUUGCAACCAUGGCAGGCGACGCAUCAAGAAACGACAGCUCCGACCAUGUCACCAAUCUGCUGAGCAUCGUUGGUGAGGUGGACAAGAAGGAUACGGUGAAGAGCCGUGAACUAGCAGAGGCCAUGAUGGAUCGCUACCUUUUGGAAGAAGCAGAGUCUUCCGAUCGCGCCUUGGCUGGAUCCAAGAGUUUCCUCGCCAAAUAUACUCGCUUUCGAAGCCUCUAUAUGGAAAUAAUCCAGAAGUUGGUAGCGGUUGCCUUGGUGUCAGUGGUGGGAAGCGAAGAUGGACUGCAGUUGACAUUGGCCAUCACCUUGCUCAUGGCAGCUGCAAGUGGCAUGAUUCAGCCUUUCUUGCAGCCACAGGUCAACAUUCUUCAGUGUGGCUGCUUCAUUUGCCUCGCUGUGGCGGCGGUGAGCUUCAGUUUCCAUAAGACCUGGCUGAGCCGCGUCGCCUUGGUGAUGCCCUUCCUCUUGAGCGCCAUCUUGGCCCUGCGACCCGAUAGCACGGAGAGCUUGGCGGUGCGGAUUUGGCAGAAGCUGAAGAAGGAGAUCUUGAAGUUGGAAGAAGGCGAGUCUGUGGAGAUUCUCGUGGAAGCUCGGUCUGGACCCAGCGCAGCUCACCUCCGCUUCUGGAAUGCUGCAGCUGUCAGACAAGCCGUGGAGACUGCCACCUUGCAGGAGGGACGUGGCAUGAUCGAUCAGCUCCAAGAGGGACGUUUGGACCCAGAUCCUCAUGACGCAAGCCUCAGCAGUUGGCUUGAAGUGUGCAGUUUGCCAGCUGUUGCACUGCCCAUGCCACGUGCGCAUCCGCAAUGA